UCCUCCAGUUUCGGGCCACUGUCCCUGAACGCAGCACUGGGCCUAACCGAGCCGCCGUAGUGCGUCACAUGUUGACUUGUGUUGCUAGUCGAUGCUACCACACGAGGAGUUAUUGAGACACCGCUCAGCUGUUGACGGAACUGUCCCACGAAAUGUCUCCAUGUCUCCGUGUGCUGUUGGACAAACACACCCUAUGAUGUUUCAUUUAUUCUGCUAAUGCAGCUAGCCUGUUUGCUGGGCAGAGUUGACAUCUCACUGUUGGCUUCAGGUUAGCUAACACAGUCAACAUAGGAGCUGCAAUUAAGAGAGCUCCAGAUGCGGCUAAAGGACCCUUUCUCUUUGAAAGCCGCCGAUAUGACUAAGCGGACAAAUAAGCCGAGGAAGCCUCGAGACGAAGAGUCCUCAGAUGAAGUCAGUGGGUUGACUUGCCAGCAUGUGAGUAAGGCAGUGGACCUGAGUUCAGUGAAGAAGUCGGUCCUGUCCAGCGUGUGGUUGGUGUGCUCUGAGUGCCUAAAGGAGAGGACCAUGAUCGACGGAGAACCGGCAGCAUCCCAUGACAUCCUGGUGUGUUUAAAGUGUGGUUUCCAGGGCUGUAACCACUCUGGUAUCCAGCACGCUGUCAAGCACUAUCAAGCGUUCCAUCCCGAGUUUCACUGCAUCACCAUUAGCUUGAGCACAUGGAAGGCUUGGUGUUUUGAAUGUAAUGAGGAGCUCUCCACUCACUGCAACAAGAAAGCAUUGGCUCAGUCCCUGGACUUUUUACAAAAGCACUCUGUCAAAGCAACGUCAGCAGCAUCACCCAAGAUCAUCAAGCUGCGAGAGGAACCAUCAGAUUAUUCUGAGCCACCCAGAGGCAAGAAUCCAACCAUCAACAACACCUUGGUUCCUGUCAAAGGCAUCAAUAACCUUGGCAACACCUGCUUCUUCAAUGCGGUCAUGCAGAAUUUAUCCCAGACACACAUGCUCAUUGAGCUCAUCCAGGAAGUGAAGGAGAAAGGGUACAAGCUGAGGAUCUGCCCCCCUGUGGACACCAAUCUGAGUCUCUUGACAGUAACACUGCCCAAUCCAGAGCCCCUGACGGCAGCCAUGUUUCUCUUCCUCCAGACCAUGAAAGAACCAGGGAAAGGCCACGUCAAUCCCAAGAUCCUUUUCAACCAGCUCUGUCAGAAAGCUCCACGUUUCAAGGGCUACCAGCAACAAGACAGCCAGGAGCUUCUGCAUUACCUACUGGACUCCAUACGAGUAGAGGAAACUAAGCGGGUGAGGGCAGGCAUUCUGAAGGCCUUCAAUAAUCCCACAGAGAAGACAGCAGACGAUGAGACCAAACGCCAAGUCAAAGCAUACGGGAAAGAAGGGGUGAAAAUGAACUUUGUCGACCGCAUCUUUGUAGGCGAGCUGACAAACACAAUUAUGUGUGAAGAGUGUGAGCAUAUCUCCACAGUAAAGGAGGCUUUCAUAGACAUCUCCUUACCCAUCAUAGAGGAGAGGACGUCAAAACCAUCCAAUCCUGGCAGGUUGGGUAAGGGCAGCAGAGAGCAGGACGCCCACUCGCCUCACGCUGACCAUCUUCUUUCUGCAGCGCACUCUGCCAACCGAAACACCAGGAAGCUUAGUGGACAGAAGCAGCAGACCAGAAGGGCAUCGAGCUCUGUGGAGGAGAAGGGAGCAGGCUGUGGUGCGGAGCGACCAGAGGAGGAGGGGGUCGCUGGUGGAUCGGCCCAAAGUGUCACAGUUUGCAAGAUGGCCACUGCCGGCAGCCUAUCAGACGGCAGUGAAAGAGACUCAGGUGCUCAGGACAGUAGUAAUGACGCUGACAGUGAGGCCUCAGAGAGUGAGUGGGCCCCACGCACCUUCUCCUCCAGCCAUGGGCACGGGCACGGUUCCACCCCAUCGUCUACUUCCACCCUCACUCCAUCCCCUACGCCCGUCUCUGCCUCCUCCCCCUUAUCGUCGUACUCCACGAGGCAGGGUGGCACUGUAGAGCAGCUAGUUACUGCAGUGUCUAAAGUCAACCUGGGCUUUAGCUCUGGGGACUGCUCACCUUCCACCAUGCACUGUUCUCCAGAGGAGCAGGUUGAGGCACAGUCACGAGAUAACCUCCACCAUCACCAGCACCACCAGGGGGCCUUCCAGUCGCUGUCCCACAGUUACACCCCGAGCUCCAAGGAGUGCUCCAUCCAGUCCUGCCUCCACCAGUUCACCUCCGUGGAGCUGCUGAUGGGCAACAACAAGCUGCUGUGUGAGAGCUGCACUGACCGCAGACAGAAACAGCUGCGGAAGAGUAGCUCAGCUGAUAAGAAGGUGGAGAAGAUUUACACCAGCGCCAGAAAGCAAAUGCUGAUAUCCUCGCUGCCUCCAGUCAUCACAUUGCAUCUUAAACGCUUCCACCAGGCAGGGAUGAACCUACGAAAGGUGAAUCGUCAUGUUGACUUCCCUCUGAUCUUGGAUCUGUCACCGUUCUGUUCAGCAUCCUGCAAGAACCUGGCUGCCGGUGAGCGUGUCCUCUACAGUCUGUAUGGGAUUGUGGAACAUAGUGGCUCGAUGAGAGGGGGGCACUACACUGCAUAUGUAAAAGUGCGCUCUUCCCAGAGGAAAGCCGAUCAGCACCACAGGAACCUGUCAGGUGCGAGGGAGGCCAGCGGCAGCUCCCAGGGCCAGUGGGUGUACGUCAGCGAUACCACCGUUCAAACAGUACCGGAAUCAAGGGUACUCAACUCUCAGGCAUACUUGCUCUUUUAUGAGGAAAUGCUGUAAUGUGACCAGUGAAAGCAGUUGUCCAUAAAAAUCUUUUACUUUGUAUUGUUUUUUUUGGUACAGCCUGUACAACUCUUUCUGCACCUGUGAGUGAGUGGACGCACGAAAAAAGGGAAAGGCUUCACUGUACGCUCACUUUUCCUACAGGAGAAGGGCCAUUGUACCAUUUCCAUGCAAACUCUAAAUAGAAAUCUGAAAUGGGCGCUUUUAAAUAUCUUAGAUAUAUGAAAGAUUAACAAGAGAGGUUGAAAUUACUGUUUUCUGCUCUGAUAUAGUCUUGAUUUCCAUUUGUUUCCAUUAUAUAAAAUCCUACCCUUCUAAAAGAAGCUUGAGUAAGAGAAGAAAAAAAGAUUAUUGAACCUGAGCUGUUUAGAUUUAUCGUCUUCGUCCGUCUUUUUCGUCUCUUGGUCACAAUCCCGUGCCUGAGAUAGAAACUGCAUGAAGGAGUUUGCUACAGUACCUAACAGGAAAUAAGCAGUUAUUGCAUGCUAAACUGUGCUCAGCACUGACUAGUUGAUGUCAAUAUAGUGUGUGUGUGUGUGUAUAUACAUGUGUUUGUGUGUAAGCACAUACACGUGUGUGUGUGUGUGUGGGUGAGUGAGAGACAGGAGAAUGUAAUUUUAAGGUGCUGUGUGUAGCAUUUUCUAAUCAGUAUAUGACUGCCAGGUUAAUUUGGCAUACUUGGUAUAAUUAAUAUUAAAACUCAGGGCCAGUCUAAUAAAUAUUGGCUCCUGUGUCAGAGCUCUACACAAAACAUUUCAUACAACAAGGCACUGGCUACGAUUUGGUGACAAACAGGCCUGAUCAUGUAUUUAAUAAUAGAUAAUGGUCUGUAAAAGAACAAUGAAUUCAGACAUGUUCUGUCCUUCACACUAAAGACAAGUAGUAAUAUCAGUCAUGACAGAGUUUAUGAUCAUACAUUUGAGAAACUCCACUGCUAACUCGGAGAGUCCGUACCUCCGCCAAGGCUGAACAAUGCUACACAUGAUAGUGGAUUUCUUAUAGUAGAAAUAAUAAAGACGAAAGGAAGUGGUCUGAUAACCUAAAUGACUUACGUCAUAAAACAUGAUUAAAGACAUUUCCUGGAAUUGCCCUUUAAUUUGCAUCUGCACCUCAUCAUCAUCAAAUGUAUUUAUAUAGCACGGUAUUAGAACAAACACCUAAAUUGAAUUGGUUCUUUUCAGGACCAGGUCCCAUUCGUCCACCAUGUUUGGUGGAAAAUGGGUUUAGUGUGGUCUUUAAGUUUGGGAGCAGGACUUACUAAUUUCAUGUUCAGGUGUUCAUGUUCAUGUUGAAAUGCUCUCACUCAAAACCCCUCACGAUUUGCUUUGUCUGUGCUCAAACUGUGCUUGCACUCAGAUUUUGUGGCUUGGGCAGAUUUCCUGAGCUCCAGCUUCAGCUCCGCUCCCUGUGCACGCAUGAAAGAUCUGCUGUCGGAAUUCUCUGCUCUCUGACAACUUGGAAAAUUGAAUUGUGCCGCCCUUGUUGUGGGUGUGUUCGCUUUACAUCUUUGAGAGUGCCAUACAUAUGUUCAUGCAAUGCUGCCCUCCAUGGCUUUGUUAACUCACCCACAACAAGGGAAGGACAAUUUCAUUUGUCAUCACAACACGCGUUCUGUUGGUUGGGGACUUUUGACAGACUUGUUGCCCAAAAAAUCCAAGAACAGAAGAAAUAAUCGGAGAGCAGAGGAGAUAUCCGAGAGCAGACGUUAGACCCGGGCAGCGUGAAGCGCCGAAGGUGGAUCUGAGUGCAAGCAACAAAAUAUAGAACAGUCCUGAGUGCAAACUAAUCUAAGCAAAAUCAGUGGCUGUGAGUUCGUGUGCAGGGUGUUAAAUCAACGCUUUAAAAAAUCUGAACGUAAAAUCGAUUAAUCCUUAGUGGAGGAAGUAAUCCCAGUUGUGUUGUAUAGUAUCAUGUAAUUGUCUCAGCCUCGGCCCACGUUGAUUAUGAUAAUAGAAACAACAAGUUGAUCACAUCUCACAGUAGUUUACAUCCGGAAAUAGCUGCACACAGCUCCUUUUUAAAGAGUAGCACAACAGUUAUUUUACAGCCUACUUUAAAGGGAUUGUUCUAUUUUUCAUCAGAAUGUAUGAAUGUAAGACUAUCAGUCAGUUACAUUUGCCAAAGACGCGUUUUUGUGGCUGCAUGUCAGAGCAGAAAAUCCAAACCAAACAUGCGAGGUGUUUACUUCAGCCAGAGUUUCUUUAGCAGUAGUUCUUUCAAUCAGUAUCUCGAUGAUUGUUUAGUGUUGCUGCACAGACAAACACACCCGAUCCUCAUCAGCCCAACAAAGCACCUUGUUUGCCUUCCAUUGUAUUUCAGCUCUAGUGCAACUCUGUGGACGCACACACAAACCCAUUAAGAAGCCCGACAGAGUCAGCACUGCAACACUGACUCUUUAUUCCCUAAUAUUAUCAAUAAGGUCGAGCAAAAAAAAAUAUACAUACAAAAGGCUUCAAGCUGUACUAGAAAAUCAUCUUUGAUGUCAUGUGCAUGGGUCAAUGUUCUCAUGAAUGUAUUGCCUAUUCUUGAAAUGUCUGUCUCAUGAACUGUUCGUCUUUUUCUAUGAAAAUAUUUUGAAUGAAAAACGUUGUUUUCUUGGUUGUUGGACUUUUGCCAAAACAGUGGAAGGGAAAGGGUUAAACAUAUGCAUCACAGGCAAAUUCAGUGCCUAUGUUUAGGUUUAAGAAACCUGUGCAUAGUGAGAAGAAAAACAUAUGCAGAGUUAAAGAGAAACAUGUCUGGAACAUUUAUGUACAGUAUAAAUUACUGUAAGCAAAAAUAAUAGAGUUUAUGUAAUUGUACAUACUAGAAACUAGGAAAGUUUGGUGCUUCAGGGUUUUUCCUCAAGACGGAUGUUUGUUUUCAGAAAGACAUUUAAUUUCAGCUUUGAAAUAAUAAACAUUUUGAAUGAGUAUCACUACAUACUGUAUCAAAAUAAAUCUAA